AAGUAGCUCUUUCCAAUGUGUUAAAAGAUUAAUCAUGCCAAGAAGAGACAUGAGUUCUUCUAAGGCACAGCAACAAACACACAACUCAUGUCCUCCUCAUGUGGUGUGCAUACCAUACCCAGCACAAGGCCACAUCAACCCAAUGCUGAAACUAGCAAAGCUCCUCCACCACAAGGGCUUCCACAUCACCUUCAUCAGCACCGAAUUCAACCACCGCCGCCUCAUCAAGUCCCAGGGCCCCCACUCCCUCUCUGGCACCGCUUCCUUCCGCUUCGAAACCAUUCCCGACGACCUCCCUCCCUCAGAGGCCAACGCCACGCAGGACAUCCCGGCACUCUGUCACUCCAUUUUGCACAACUUUAUAGAUCCCUUCAGAAUCUUAGUCGCCAAACUCAACCACGACACUGCUGCUUCAUCGGACGUACCUCCGGUGACAUGCAUAGUUUCAGAUGGGACAAUGAGCUUUACUCAGAAAGUGGCUGAAGAAGUGGGCAUACCUGCUGUUUUUUUCUUCCCUGGCAGUGCUACUGCCUUAAUGGGCCUUGUGGCUUAUCCCCAACUCAUACAGAAGGGUUUUGCGCCACUCAAAGGUUGUAACCUGUGUUACAUGGACUCGGCAUUUUGGGGCGAAGUACCCGUGUCGACACGACACGACACGGGUGUGAGCGUGGGAUCUGUGUCGGAUUCGCCUAUUCUCUCUCAGACACGGCUCUUUACAGUGCAAAAGAAAUGAAAGAGGUGAGAGCAAGAGAGAACCGGGUCGAAGCUUCAUCCAGUCGAUCCAGUCGAAGAUCAAAGUCCUCAAUUGAGCUCCAUCCUUUCGAUCCAGUCGAAGAUCGAAGCUCCAUCAG